UGUCGCCCCCGGCCCGCGCCCCGGCCUCGGGGCCGGACGCCCCCUUAGGCCGCGCACACUCACCUAGGACCCGGCCGGGAUGCCGAGCUCUGUCGAAGAUGCACUGGACACCGGAACACGCCCAGCCCCUCAACCAGUGGCCAGAGCAGCACCUGGACGUCUCCUCCACCACCCCGUCGCCGGCCCACAAGUUGGAGUUGCCCCCUGGGGGUCGCCAGCGCUGCCACUAUGCUUGGGCACACGACGACAUCUCUGCCCUCACUGCCUCCAACCUUCUCAAACGCUACGCCGAGAAGUACUCGGGGGUCCUGGACUCGCCCUACGAGCGCCCCACCCUGGGUGGCUACGGCGACGCCGCCUUCCUCAACGGCGCCAAGGGGGACCCCGAACCCUGGCCGGGGCCAGAGACUCCUUAUCCCUUGGCCUCGCUCCACGAGGGCCUCCCGGGAACCAAGUCGGGCAGUGGGGGCGGCUCCGGGGGUCUCGGCGGUUCCCCGGUUUUAGCCGGAAACCUGCCUGAACCCCUCUACGCCGGCAAUGCGUGCGGGGGCCCGUCGGCGGCGCCGGAGUACGCGGCGGGCUACGGCGGGGGCUACCUGGCGCCAGGUUACUGCGCGCAGACAGGCGCCGCGCUGCCCCCGCCGCCCCCGGCCGCGCUCCUGCAGCCCCCGCCCCCGCCGGGCUACGGCCCCUCUGGGUCUUUGUACAACUACCCCGCGGGGGGCUACGCCGCGCAGCCGGGUUACGGGGCCCUCCCGCCGCCGCCCGCUCCGCCCCCGGCCCCCUACCUGACAUCUGGUCUGGCGGCGCCCACGCCCCUACCCACGCCCGCCCCACCCCGGCCGUCACCCGCCUCCUACGGUUUCCAGGGGGUAGCGGAGGCCGGGGUGUCGCUGAAGCGCAAGGCUACAGACGAAGGAGCCGAAGGCCGCUACCGCAAGUACGCCUUCGAGCCCGCCAAAGCCCCGGCGACCGACGGCGCCUCCUACCCCGCCGCGGACAACGGCGAGUGUCGGGGCAAUGGGUUCCGGGCGAAGCCGCCAGGAGCGGCGGAGGAGGCGUCAGGCAAGUACGCUGGUGGCGUCCCCCUCAAAGUCCUGGGCUCCCCCAUCUACGGCCCGCAACUUGAGCCCUUUGAGAAGUUCCCGGAGCGGGCCCCGGCGCCGGCUCCCCGCGGGGGCUUCGCGGUGCCGUCGGGAGAGCCUCCUAAAAGUGUGGACCAGGGGGCUCUGGAGCUGGCGACCAGCAAGAUGGUGGACUGCGGACCGCCGGUACAGUGGGCGGACGUGGCGGGCCAGGGCGCGCUCAAGGCGGCACUGGAGGAGGAGCUGGUGUGGCCCCUGCUGAGGCCGCCCGCCUACCCCGGCAGCCCGCGCCCGCCGCGGACCGUGCUGCUCUUCGGACCGCGGGGCGCUGGCAAAGCGCUGCUGGGCCGCUGCCUGGCGACGCAACUGGGCGCCACCCUACUGCGCCUGCGCGGAGGCACGCUGGUCGCGCCGGGCGCUGCCGAAGGCGCGCGCCUCCUUCAGGCCGCCUUCGCGGCUGCGCGCUGCCGCCCGCCCGCGGUGCUCCUCAUCAGCGAGCUGGACGCGCUGCUGUCCGCCCGGGACGACAGCACGGCCGCCGCAGGCGCACUGCAGGCGCCGCUCCUGGCCUGCCUGGACGGCGGCUGCGGUGCGGGAGCCGACGGCGUGCUGGUCGUGGGCACCACUUCACGGCCCGCGGCCCUGGACGAGGCGACCCGCCGGCGCUUCGCUCUCCGCUUCUACGUGACGCUGCCCGACGGCCCGGCCCGCGGGCAGAUCCUGCAGCGGGCGCUGGCCCAGCAGGGCUGCGCGCUGAGCGAGCGGGAGCUGGCCGCCUUGGUGCAGGGCACCCAGGGCUUUUCUGGGGGCGAGCUGGGGCAGCUGUGCCAGCAGGCGGCGGCCGGGGCGGGCCUCCCGGGUUUGCAGCGCCCCAUCUCCUAUAAGGACGUGGAGGCAGCGCUGGCCAAGGUGGGCCCUAGGGCCUCACCCAAGGACCUGGACUCGUUCGUGGAGUGGGACAAAAUGUACGGUUUCGGACACUGAUGGCGCACCAGGAGGCCCAGAGAGCUGCCGCCCACUCCCCGCCCUUCUGUUUGCGAA